UCUAUGCAGAUGCAAAGGGCAAGGCUGAUAUAAAAACGGGACACCAGUUCAUUGAGCAGAGAAGUGCAGAGCACAAGGCAGGAUGGCUGUCAGGAUGUGUGUCAGAUUCUCCACAGUCAUUUUUCUGUCAUUCAACAUUGGACUUUUGGCUGCAGGUAUUGAGAACAGCCACAUGCUGAAUGAAGCAGACAGGAUUGUCAGAGGGACGAUAAACCACCAAACAAAGUACCCCAAGGACUGCAGUGGUCUCAGUAGGCUCAGCCCGAGUGGGUUUUACAUUAUCCAGCCAGAGAAUGGGCCCUACCUCAUAGUGCUUUGCGACAUGACCACGGAAGGCGGUGGUUGGACAGUGAUCCAGAAAAACACCAAGCUCAAUGAGCUAACCUGGAAGGCAACCUGGACAACUUACAAGUUCGGCUUUGGUAACGUUCAGGGCGACCACUGGCUUGGCAAUAAGUACAUCCACCAGAUUACACAGCAGGGGCUUUACAGAGUCAGGUUCAUUGUGUACAAUAGGCAUAAUGUUUCCAGCUUUGCCGAUUACAAUAUGUUUUCUGUAAAUUCUGAAACUGAAGGUUAUAGACUGAGUCUUGGUACUUACUCGGGAACCGCAGGUGAUUCUAUGAAUUAUGAUAGAUAUGAACAGGACAAUAUGAAGUUCUCCACAUUUGACCGAGAUCAGGACAGAUAUGGCAGUAACUGUGCCCACUCCUAUCAAGGUGGCUGGUGGUUCAAUAAUUGUUACCGUGCUGUCCUGAAUGUGCGGAUCCCGUACUGGCAAACACUGUGCUGUGGCAACUGUAAAGGCUCCAUCAUUCUCAUUAAGCCAAACACUGACUGCUGUCCAGUGCCACGUACUGUGUAACAGCAGUCAGUGUGUCAGGGCUCAAUGUGCUGCAUCAGUCAGUGCGAAGGUGUUAGAGGCACCACUGUGCUGCUUGUAUCUCUACUGCCCUAUCAAAGCAAAGAUACUUUUAAAUGAUUUUGAGUGUGGCUUUUUAAUCAAGAACUUUCCCCUGGGUUUUGCCGGCAGAGUGUAAUGUAGUCUAAUCUCCUUGCCCUUUGUUUUGAUCACUGUUCUAUACAGUGGGGUGAUCUCGCACUGAUAAUUGGGGCUACAAUUGGUCAGGGUUUCUGCUCCCAAUUAUAAUCUUGGGAAGCAUGUGUGUGUUCAAGCCCAUUCAACGAGGAUGGGACUAUGCUAGGCUUUGGUAUUUCUAUCGCUGAGGUUGAAUAUCCCAUUGAGACUCACUGCCCAGUUUGAUGGGUGAAGUUCCCAGAUUGAGAGGGUGGGCAGUACUGGUGACAUCAGAGCAGGGUCACCCUCAGGCUCAACCCACUCUGGCUCUGAAUGUUUCAAACAAGCCUUGUUUGGGUUACUCUGUAGACGAUCAGAUAUUCCUCUGACUGACAGUUGCUUGCUUGGGAGUGUCUGAAAGAUCUUGAGUUUACACAAGUCUCUGAUUGCUAGUAAUAAUGUGGCAGUGAUGGAAGGAGGGUGCACGGUCUAAAUCCUCUGCUUGUUGUGGGUUUCCCAAUGUUUCCUCUGAUCCUUGAUAAUAAAAUCUUCCUGAGCAUG